AUGCUUCCAGAUGAAAUUUUGUUGGAAGUAUGCAAAUAUUUAUUGUGUAGUGAUAUUCUUCAAUCGUUUAUCGGAUUAAAUUGUCGAAUGACACAAAUGAUCACUCAAUAUUGUCGUCAUGUUUCACUCUAUAAAGCAUCUAUUUUAACAUCUGAUUAUUUAUUUAUAAAUGUUAUUCCUCAAAUUGGUUCCCAUGUUCAAUCAUUAGUCAUUGAUCGUAGUUAUUCUUAUUUUCAAGAUGAGUCAUUCAUGAAACAUUUUGGCAAGAAAAUGUCGAUGAUAUUUCCUAAACUAGAAAGAAUUAGUCUUACUUAUUAUGAGCAUGAUAGAUUGGUUAGUUUUCUUGAUGCUUUACAUGAUAUGAAUCAUCUGAUUGAUAUUCGUUUAUAUCAACUCUUCGACAUUCAAACUUCACAUCAAGCAACAUUUGGUCGAUCAUUAUUUCAAGCAAACAAUCAUCGAUUUACAUCAAUACUAAUGGAUGACCAAUCGAGCUGUUUGAAAUUCGAUAACACUGAUCGAUAUUUGAAUGUUCGUCGAUUGCGUAUCAACUUGACAAAUGUCAUAGAUUUACCGGCUCUUUUUGCGGCUGUUCCCAAUCUUCACUAUUUGGAUGUGGUAAUCAAUGAAGGAGGCGACUAUUCUGAAUUUUUAGAUGAAAUGAAAUUUUUUCCUCUUCUUCAUCUCACCGACUUUCGAUUGAAGUCACUUAGACAUGGUUGGAUGUUAGAAGAAUUAUCUAUAUUACUUAGCCAACUACCAAUCGUGCAACAUUUGUCACUUUUCCUUUCCACUUAUGAUAGUCGAUUCGUCGAAGGUAAUGUUCUACUUUCCUUACUUCCUUCUACUAUUCAACAAUUCAACUACGCCGUUCGCUAUUUUUAUGAUUCUGCAUUUCAUGGAGACGAUGACAUUAUUAUUCCUUGGCCAUCUUCGAAUCCAAUUAUAUGCUCUUUAAAUGAUGAGUCCUUAUUUCUUCACACAUUACCGUGGCACUUUCCUCACAUAGAAUUUUCUUUGUUACACAGUAAAAUGGUAUCAAGCUCUACAAAUAAUGUAGCGGCCUAUGAUAGGAACGUGAAAGAAGUGGAUAUUUGGGUUAACAACAGUUUUGAUUUGACAAGAUCUUUGUCAAUAAUAUCACAAUGUUGUCGAGCAAGAGUAAUUACCAUUUAUGUGACAAAAGAGGAUGACACUAUGGAAGGUACGUAUAUCUAA